GGGAGGCCCGGCGGCGAUGGCGGCGGAGACCGCGGGCCAGGCGGAGGCGGCGCGCCGCUUUUACCAGCAGCUGCCCAAAGUGGAGCUGCAUGCCCACUUGAAUGGCUCCAUCAGUUCCGAUACCAUGAAGAAAUUGUUGGCUCAGAAACCAGAUCUUGAGAUCAAUAAUGGAAUGACUAUGAUUGACAAGGGGAAGAAAAGAAGUCUGGAAGAAUGUUUCCAGAUGUUUCAGAUCAUCCAUCAGAUUACCAAUAGGACUGAAGACAUAUUAAUGGUAACCAAAGACGUCAUUCGGGAAUUUGCUGCUGAUGGAGUCAAGUAUCUGGAGCUAAGGAGCACACCCAGAACAAAGCACGCCACCGGUAUGACCAAAACAACAUAUGUGGAAGCUGUACUUGAGGGUAUAAGGCAGUGCAAAGAAGAUGAACUGGACAUAGAUGUUAGAUUUCUAUUAUCAGUGGAUAGAAGAGGGGGACCCACAGUUGCCAAGGAAACAGUUAAGCUGGCUGAAAACUUUCUGCUUUCCACCGAUGGAGUAGUUGUAGGCCUUGACUUCAGUGGAAAUCCUACUGCAGGGCAUGGCAAAGACUUUUUGGAGCCUCUCCUAGAAGCCAAAAAAGCAGGCCUGAUGCUGUCAUUGCAUCUUUCAGAGGUUCCAAACCAGGAAGAGGAGACCAGGCUCCUCUUGGGCCUGCUGCCUGACAGAAUCGGACAUGGGACAUUUCUUCAUUCUUCUUCACCAGCCUCGCAGGAACUUGUGAAGCUUGUUAGGCAAAAGCACAUACCCCUUGAACUCUGCCUGACGUCAAACCUCAAAGGCCAGACAGUGCCUUCCAGCGACCAGCACCAUUUCGGGUUUUGGUACAACACCGACCAUCCCACCGUGCUUUGUACCGAUGAUAAAGGUGUUUUUGCGACUGACCUGUCUCAUGAAUACCAGCUAGCUGCGGACACAUUUCAGCUCUCCAAAGCGCAGAUAUGGGACCUCUCCUAUGAUGCCAUCAGCCACAUUUUUGCUUCCAGCCAUACGAAAACAAAGCUAAAGGAACAGUGGCAUAAACUGAAACCAUCCCUGCUUGGGUAGCUAUAUCGGAACCUCAACAACUGGCACACAGAUUAUGUGGGUGAUGUAGGGCAGGAGCAGACAGAAUGUUUAUUGGGAUCUACCCAUAGGUCUCUCGGUGAUUUGCAGUAGAUGAGCAAGGAUUUCCACACCCAGCGGCUUAACAACUGCGAAAACAGAACUUGCUUUCCCCACUCCUAAAUUAGGCUUAGAGGAAACCUUAGAGGAAAAACAGGAGUAGAUGAGUGUGUAAAAAGAUUUAUGUGAGCUCCAGUUGUACUGAAAACAAAUUGCUGAGCUCAACAUAUGCUCAGUGGCACCUCAGUUCUAUGCCUACCUUCCUGAGCCAGUAUUUUGCUCCUGGCUCCAGUUGGUUACACCUAUGGGCAUGGAUGGAACGUAGUAAUGUGAAAAAGUGGAAUACUCCCAAUAACAUGGAAAGUCAUUUGCGAUUCUGUUUGUAGCUUACAAUGGAAGAACAAUGAUUGGAUAGCAGUAGAAAGCACGUUACCACCUAAGUUCAGGCUUUCUUUCCCCCCUGGCAUUUGCAAAGAGAAAAGCUACAAGACACUUAACCCAGCAAGGUGUUCUCAUUUUGUGCCGGUGACUUUUAAUAAAAGCACAAAGAGC